GAAAGAAAUCUACCACUUCAAAACCAUGUCCAUCUAAUAUCUCCACCACAACAAUCAACAAUACUUCGCUUUGUGCCUUCUCGGUGAUACGGGUCAUUAACCGACUCAAGAGAUUCCUAUUUUUCUGCUAAAUCACAUUCGUCACUCUCUCUCUAUAUAUAAUGAAACCUUCCAUAGUUUUUCGCCACUCUCUCCCCGCGAGUACGUAACUCGGGGUUUCUUUUUCGCGAUUCUCCGAAUAUUUUCCAUCAUUUUCCUUAUAAAGAAAAAAAAAUCUCGAUUCGAAAUUCGAUCUCUUCUUUAUCUUUCGCUAAUUAGUGAUUCAUCGUUGUUAUAAUCUACAUCGCUUUAUUUUUUUGAUAAUCUCGCGAGUUAGGGUUUCGGUUUGGAUAGCGAGAACGUAUCAAUUUUGAGAUAGUGAUUUUUUGUUAGGGUUUCGUUGUUGUUGUUGGUUAUUUUCUUCUGCGAUUGACUAUGGGGAGUGUUGAUCGAGAUGAUAAUCGGAUUUUCGAGGCUAAUUUUAGUACCGAUGGUUCGAAGAAGUUGGGAGAAAUUGUGAAGGAGAAGCUUAAGGAAUUCAUGGGUGAAUACUCGGAUGAUACUUUUGUGGAGUAUGUUAUUGUGUUAUUGAGGAAUGGUAAGAGUAAAGAACAAGCAAAGACUGAGUUGGAUGUUUUUUUGGCAGAUAAAAGUGAUGCUUUCGUUUGUUGGUUGUGGGAUCAUCUACAUUUGAAUUUAGCUUUGUAUGUAAAACCAAAAAAAUUGCAGGAUGAAGCUCCCAAAAGGAAGCUUACAUCUGAAAUUGAAACUAGGAGUGAUUCGAAUUCAAAGUUAGAAAGAGGAAAUUCUAAUAAGUUUUCUAGAACUCGGCAUAACAAAGAUUGGAAAGGUUUGGUGAGGGGAGCAGCUGAAGCACGUUUAGAGGAACAAGUCCAACCAAAAGUUGAUCAUAGUCCAAGGUCACCAUCUCCUAAACCUGAACCCGCAGUUCAGAGAAAAAGGGGCCGAGCUGAUGAAAAACAUAGGACAAAGCGGGAUGUUGCCUCACAAGUAAAUGUUGCAGCAUCUCGACGGCUGCUUCAGUUUGCAGUUCGAGAUGCAGUGGGUACUUCAAGGACAACCAAUCUUGGAACAUCAGUGGAGCCUUCCUUAAAACGUCUUCGAUCUGUAGUUUCUACAUCCUCCGGUGAUUCAUCUCUGGUUGAACAUCAUCAGCGUGUGCAAUCCACUGCCCGGGUGCCAAAUGCAAUGGCUACAGUGAUUAAGGCUGUGGCGGAAGCUGCAGAGGAUGUGAAGUCCAAAUCCUCAGGAAGUGUAUUUGAUAGACUUGGUUGUGGUAUGGAUUCAUCAGCCGAUAACAGCCAACUUAAUCAUCAACAGCAGGAGAAAAAUCAAUCAAUGUAUCUUCAAAGACCUGAUUACGAUCGACAAUUUGCUUCAGAUACCACUAUGAUUGAACAUGAAACUGGUUUUCCUUCUGAUUCUAAUUCAGAUAAUGAUUCUAAUUCAGAUGAUGAAGGGCGUCAUAAUUUAAAUGUCAUAGGCCGUGGGGUGACGGGAACUUCUCAGAUCAGCUCCUCUGUUGGAAACAGGGGCAGUGAUUCACUCAUGGAGCAGUAUAGCGUAGCAAAAUAUGCUGGUGAUAGUUUGCGUCUAAAUCAGAAUCGAGAACCAGACCAAUCUGCUGCUGCACGCAACACUUCCCGUAAAAUAGUGAACAUUUCUGUUAAUGUAAAUACUUGGAAGCCGGAGCAGUAUCAGGAACCAAGAGUGGUUACAGAAUUUAAUGGUCAUAAAACUUUAAACAAUGAAACUGGAGAUCCCAGAUCUAACGUGCAACUGGUGAAGGAGAAUACACAAGCUAUGAAAAUUAGUAAUGGAAAUGUAAACAUUGCUCCUGAUGUUCAGAAAGAGUCCAACAAGGCACACUGUACUACUGGUUCUAGUGUUGCUGGUCGUCCUUCAGAAGAUGUGGAUUCCAGAACCAUUUUUGUUAGCAAUGUUCAUUUUGCUGCUACUAAAGAUGGCCUGUCUCGGCAUUUUAAUAAGUUUGGGGAAGUGUCGAAAGUGAUCAUAGUUACUGAUGCUGCAACUGGGCAGCCAAAAGGGGCGGCUUUGGUGGAGUUCAUGCUAAAAGAAGCAGCAGAUAAUGCACUAUCGCUAGAUGGCACUUCUUUCAUGUCACGACUUCUCAAGGUUGUAAAGAAAAGUGCUGCCCAUCAAGAAUCUGCUCCAACCACGACAUGGCCACGAGUUGUUAGGGGAUCUUCGUUUCCUACUGCUAGGUUUCCCAGACCACCCUUUGCAAGAGGUAUGCCUGGUUCAUUUAGACCCCGGCCCCCAAUGAAGCUGGGUGCAAGAAGCAUGCAAUGGAAGCGAGGAGCUCAGACUAAUCCAGCCGACAGUGGUUCAUCAUUGAAUACCGGCAAUUUUACCAUGCCUGCUACUCGUGGUCUCACCUACAUUAGAACACAAUCUAAGCCAGAAGCCUGACAUAAUUCAAAUAUCGGGAUGGUGAGCGAAUCUUAAACAGUCUUCAUGUCUUGUAGCAUAAAAAUCAGUAAAAAGAAUAUAUAUUAGUGUAAGGAGACACGGCAUGGAUUAAUUUCUGAAUAUUUCUUCUGUACAUGGAAGAUAUUUGAAUAUUUAGAUACCUAAGAUAUCUAUUUAGGUAGAUUGCAUUUAAUAAUGUCUAUUUUUGGUCUUCGGCUGAAUCUACAAAAGAAGAGGAGGAGGUUUAUUGCUGGAGAGUCUGUUUCUCUGGUUUUUGUUUUGUAAGUGUCGUUGAUGAAAGAUUUAAUGAACAACAAAAAAAAAAAAGUAAAAAUUGAGUUUCA